AUGAAACUUUUAAUUUCUACAGCUGUUGUUGCGCUUGUUGUUGCAUCCUGUUGGGCUGCAUAUACUGAAAAGCAGCAAGCAGAAUUAGCCGACUAUAUUGCAAAAUGUGCGAUUGAAUUGAAAGUGACACUGGGCAGUGAUCUUCUGGAACGGUCCAAAUCUGGUGGAAAUCCUUUCCCGGAUAAUGAAAACACAAAGAAAUUCGUUGUGUGCUUCAUGACCAAAACCGGCGUUCUGAUGGCGGACGGUACUAUCGCGACUCAGAAGUUUAUUGAUUUUCUUGCCGAAGGACACGAUGUCAAUGCGAUAACGGAGGUUGUCGAGAAAUGUGCCAAAGUUGAGGGCGACACGCCCGAAGAUAAGGGAUACAACUUCCACAAGUGUUUCUGGGCUGAAAAGAAAUUUGAGCUGUAG